CGCUGCUGGGCUGGCGGCUGGCGGGCGGCAUGGGGCUGUGAGCCGGCCGGGCAGCGCCCAGGCCCGUGCCCGCCAUGCCAGGCAAAGCCCAGCACUUCCAAGGGCCCCAAGUCAGCUGCUGCGCCAAGUACCUUCUCUUCGCCUCCAAUGUGCUCUUCUGGUUGCUGGGGGCUGCCUUCCUGGCCAUUGGUCUGUGGGCCUGGGCAGAAAAGGGUGUGCUUUCCAAUCUGUCAUCCAUCACAGACCUGGGCGGCUUUGACCCCGUCUGGCUGUUCCUUGUGGUCGGAGGGGUGAUGUUCGUGUUGGGCUUCGCAGGCUGCAUUGGGGCCUUGAGGGAGAAUACUUUCCUCCUUAAGUUCUUUUCGGUUUUCUUGGGGCUUAUAUUUUUCCUGGAGCUGACAGCUGGUGUCCUGGCCUUCAUCUUCAAGGACUGGAUCAAAGACCAACUCAACUUCUUUAUCAACAACAAUGUCAAGGCCUACCGUGAUGACAUUGACCUGCAGAACCUCAUUGACUUUGCUCAGGAAUAUUGGUCUUGCUGUGGUGCUCAUGGGCCGAAUGAUUGGAACUUCAAUAUUUACUUCAACUGCACUGACUCCAAUCCCAGCCGGGAGCGCUGUGGAGUACCCUUUUCCUGCUGUGUCAAAGAUCCUGCGGAGGAUGUUCUCAACACCCAGUGUGGCUACGAUGUCCGCCUUAAACUGGAGCUGGAGCAGCAGACCUUCAUCCAUACCAAGGGAUGUGCUGUCCAGUUUGAGAAGUGGCUCCAGGACAACCUUAUCGUGGUGGCUGGGACCUUCGUGGGCAUUGCCCUGCUCCAGGAAUGUGUACAAGACAACGGAAUUCCAUCCCCUUCAGCUAGAGCUGGUCUUGCACGAAUCCCAAGUGAGACAAAGAUUGCUUGGAUCAACCUGGUACCCAGUUUGUCACAUGCACAAAUUAUUUCCAAGAUCUUUGGUAUCUGUUUGGCACAGAAUCUAGUGAGCGACAUCAAUGCUGUGAAAGCCAACUGGUGACACCAGAGUGGGGUCUGUGCCGUCUUCCACAGACUCACGGCACCCUCUACAGGCCUGAAGCCACGAUCCCAGCCACAACCACUGGGGGAUGCUUUGCCAUCAAGCCUCUGUGUGUGUGUGUGUGUGUGUGUGUGUGUGUGUGUGUGUGUGUGUUUGUGUGGAGCAAAUGCUACCAGUGUUAAUGGCUACCUGGUGCCCUUCCAUAGCUUUCUCUUCCUAGUUGUGGCACACACACCAUACAAGAUGUGAGUGGCAUUGUAAAUAGUAUUUAUAUAGGCUAUUCUAGGCAGGGACCUCUCCACCUCCAUUGUGGUCUACUGGGCUGCCUGCGGCACCUGCAGACAAGGGCAUGUAGAUGCCGAAGGAGAUAGAGGUAGCUCUGGGGUGCAUAGGUGCCCACUGAAAUCCCAUUAAUGAGACAUGGCCCACGUGGCUUUCCAUUAUGAUCCUGCCUGGAGCAGGCCGUAUGCCAAUCUCUACUUGAAUUUUCUGGGCUCCUCUCCCCUCAUAGCUCAGGUCUACUCUCUGUCUGGGUUCUAAGUCAGGGAGAUUGCGCUCCCUUGUGCAAAUACAGAGUGAAUGCUACUGGCUUAUCCUGUAAUUACAGUAUUGGUCUCUGCUUGCCCUCUCUUUGGAUCUGGGAUCAAGCCAGAAGGGGUUCUAUAGGACACAGUGCUGCUGUACCUCAUUUGCCAUAGUAACUCUCAGCCUUGCCUGUUGGGUUAGAGCUCCCCCCUCUUCAUUAUACUACUAUGCACAUUCAAGAUGGGUGGAAUGUGCCCAGAUGGAACCGAGCAUGAGGCCAUCCACACUUCCCUACCAAGAGAGAGUAGAAAUUUGUGUGAAAGCCAUGUUGGGGAAAAAAAUGAAAUGCGGCACUGUAAAAAAGAGAUGAAAAAGGCUCUGAGCAGAUGGUAAUGCUCAUUUUUGUAUUUGAACAAGAAAUGAAGACCCUUUAUUGUGUGUGUGCGUGUGUGUGUGUGUGUGUGUGAAAGAGAGACAGAAAGAGUGACUAAUUGGAGCAUGAGAAAUAAGCAAUCCUUUUCUGUGUGGUACCUUUUCUGAUGCAUCUCUCUUGUGUGUGUGGGUGGGGGGGGGGAGUCAUACACACGACCUAUUGCCUAAGCUAUUGCCAGAGUCUAAGCUUGAACAAGCACAAUGUUUUUCCUUUGAACUGUCCCUUGGUCCCUUCUUUUUGGAUCAGCAGGUGAUGAUGCCCUGGCAUAUGGCAAGGAAGGGCUUUUGUGCUGAGGUGCUUGUCCAUGCUGCCAUUCUUGGUGCUUCUCUCUCUCUUGGAUGAGAUUCUGCCAUGUCCCCCUGGAUUCUGCAGCUAACAGGACUGAUUGGUUCAUCUGAGUGUCUGUUGACCUGCUGUGCCCAAUAAAGCAACUCUUACCAAAUGGUUGUUGUGUUUGGUUUUUAUACUGCCAUGAAUCAGGCUGGAGUUUGUGCAUUUGUGUUGAUAGAAGGGAAUGCUUUCCUGUCUGGCUCAUGACUGGUCCUCUCGUUAGGAUUUCCCUUUUGCAUAAAAUGGAUAUAUGUUUCGUCUUUCCCUCUCCCCAGUGAAACAUUUGGACAUUUUGGGCUGCAGUAUCAGCUUCUCUCCACUCGAGGGAACUGCUGUCUAGCUUUCCUUCAGCACAGCAGUUUUAAAAAACCCAUCUCUGUUGUGUUUAUUGCAUGCAGCAUGGAGAGAUGUAGCCUUUAUACAGAAGAAUAGGAAGUGGGUGAGGGUGGAUGAGGAUGCUUAGCCAAUUCCCAUCUGCCAUGGGUUUCCUAUUUACUGUCACCUUUGGCAGCUGAGGCAUGUGUGAUGAGGUGCUUUAUAGCAUCUUCCUCCUCUUACCCCUCCCAAAGAAGAGAAAAGAGCUAUUAUGAACCUGUCAGUAUAUAUAAAAACGAAAACGAACUACUGCAUAUGUAAAAUCUUCAACCUAUCCAUCUUAAUCAGAGAGUAAAAGAUAACUUGCUAAGGAGAUUUACUUUUCACCUCAAACAGUCUGCAGUAUUCUAACUAUUCUAGGGAUUAACAAUACAAAUGCAUUUCUGGAGAAACCAUAGACUUCCUUGUCAGAUCACAGCUGACUCCUCUUCUACUUAGAUUUUCUUGGUUUUCAUUUGUAUCACACUGGUUGCCGGAUCAGGCUUUGCCAUGCUUGCUUGUUGGUGUAUUUCGUCUGUAUCACUCCUCUGUUUUCUUCUCGAGUUAAUCUGUCAGCUGUACAUGGUUUACAGUGUGAUAUUGUUAUCUGCUGCUAUUUAGGGGGCUCAAGGUUGUAAAGGAACUUUUUGUAUUAUUAAACCAUUUUCAGUUGA